AUGAGAAAUGGGUACAAUCAACAUCAUCAUCAACAACAGCAGCUUUAUCACCAUAUUCGCAAUAGUAGCGGCACUUUCUUUUUCCCAAUCCUUUGUAAACUUUCCAUUAAAGAUGUUAAGUUACAGAAUCCUUAUUCUAAUUCCUCUGGAGAUAAUCUGAACGAACCUUCUUCCCCAAAAGUCAGCUGUAUGGGCCAAGUCAAGAGAAACAAUAAAGUCAUUGGGUUUCCGACUCCGUAUCGGCCAACUUCUUCUUCCACCGCCUUAUCCGGCCCAGUAAAUCCCAAAGUAAAGUACACUAAGCUGAAGAAGUUGUUCUCCGGCAAGAAUUUUACUGCUGGUAAUAAUAGAGAACUGAAGACAAGUGUUACUGUUACUGUAGGCGGUUCGAGAAAAUCUACUAUUAAUGAUAAAGGUAAAAUUAUUAAGGGAGCUGUUGAAGUGAUUAAUGUUAGUGAAUUAGAUCCGCCGUUGCCGGUGGUGAAGAAGGUAAAACCGCCGCCGGAGGAUGGUGGUUUAUGGAAGAGGAGAUCAGGUGGGAUUAAAUUGACAAGUCUGCAGAUCCAACCUCAGAUUCAUUUACCUACUCACAACAAUUUACUCCAGCCAACUACUGUCUAG